AUGGCAGACCCCCAGUCACUAAAUUCGAGGCUUGAAUACCUCGAUAAAGCGGCUCAUCUGCUUGCCAUAUCUGCGCCUACGAUUUCAGCAACUCUGGGAACAGCGAGAGACAGUCUUCUAGGUGAACAGGAUGUUGAUCUAGACAUGCCCAGUAAAGACUGGCGAGCACUACGUCGUGACAUGUGCGGCGCUUGCGGCUCAAUAAUGAUACCGGGUUGGUCAUGUCAGGUUGCCCAUGAAGUCCAAUUGAAAUCCGUCAAGCAAGGCCCAAAGCGACGCAGGCAUCACACAACCGAGAGGAAAGACAUUGAUGUGGUCUACACAUGUCUCCGAUGUGAGCGGAAGACCACACAGCCACUAGAGCGCAGAACCCAGAGGCAUAUGAAGAAGAGAUCAAGUCAAGGGCCGAAAACUGCAUCCAUUGCACUCCCAACAAGAGAAGUAGCUAAGGAUGACAGGCCAUCCAAGCCGAAUCCAAAGACUGCGAGUUCUGGCAGCAAGCAAAGAGCGAAAGCUCGCAAAGGCGGAUUACAAGCGAUGUUGGCACAGAGCAAGGCUCAAACCUCAAAACAGGGUGGACUUGGACUUGAUCUAAUGGAUUUCAUGCAAUAG